AUGGUACCGGAUAGUAUCAGAUAUUGCCAGUUGUUACCGAAUGAUUCUGGACGGUUCUGGCUAGUACGGGUGCCCACAUGGCAACCGGUCUCACCAACUAUUCCAUGUGAAUGUAUCCGGUUGCCUGUUUGCCUUGCAAAUCGUCGUCUUGCCCGUCUGUCAGUCGUCGGGUUGUGUUGGUGUGGCUCUGUUUGCACUACCCUCCUGACGCCCAGCCGCACAGCAGAUCAGCAAGCCCGGAAUGGCCAGCCACCCUCCCAGCAGUACAAUACCCGGUCUCCUCUUCUACGAUGCUCUCGUGAACAACUCGCUGGGCGACCUGAAAAGGUGCGUCGAGCUCUACCGAAUCGACCUCAAUUCUCGCCUCAGCCACGUAAGCAGACCACUUUUCACGUUUCUGCCAAAAUCUCCACUCUCUUUUUGACUCGGCCACGUUUAUGCCGCUCGCAAUCGCCAACCCUCGACAUGAUGCAACUUCCCCUUUUCUCGGCUUCACCCAACCGCACCUCUUCGCCGGCUGACCGGUCUUAA